AUGUCAGGUGAAACACAGUUGCUUUCUCCGGAUUUUUUAGACAGCCUGGGGACUCUGGCUGAUGACGAUGACGUCGUCGAAUGGAUUAACGGGCUCCUGGAUGAGAAAGACGAGCAGGGCUUGGGAAACCCUGAUCUCAACUCACUCGACCGAUAUGUCUCUCGAUUGAUUCCCUCCCUUGACGUGGCCAGCGAGGAUGUCUCCUCGAAUCUAGAGAGACUCAUUGACGAGAUCUCACGAUCGACCUCGCGUCUUUCGUACGACCUUCAUUUCAUGCGAGAUGGCGCAACUUCCCUCCAAGACGCGCUGAGUGACCUUGCGGAGCGUUCAAACACCUCUGUAUCAAGAGGCACUUCCGAGGCGCUCGACCGACUGCAUUCUCUAGACAUUAUAAAGUCCCACAUGAUCACGGCCAGAGAUGUCCUGCGAGAAGCAGAGAGCUGGAGCACCCUAGAAUCCGAGGUUUUGUCUCUGCUUACAGAACAGAAUUAUGAAAAGGCCGCCGAGAAGCUUUCCGAGGCUAACAAAAGCAUGGUCGUCUUUGAAAACACUUCCGAUUACGACCACCGCCGCACGCUCAUGAUCAGCCUUCAGAAUCAGCUCGAAGCCUCUCUCAGCUCUGCCCUUAUAGCCGCUAUCAACAGCCAGGACGUCGCUGUAUGCAGAAAUUACUAUGCAAUAUUCUGUAACAUUCAGCGCGACCUGGAGUUUCGAACUUACUAUUAUGGGUCGCGCAGAAGUUCCUUGGUCACAACGUGGCAAAAUGCUCGGUACGAAGGAUCUCACCCACCUCCCUCGCCAAGCUCUCCGGAGCAGUCGUUCUCCGCGUUUCUCUCCGCAUUCUUUUCAACGUUCAUAUCGAUUUUGAAUGCCGAGCGGACAUCUGUUUCCGCUAUUUUCCCUGAUCCUCAGGCAACGAUGGCGAACUUUGUUACUUCAACUCUUGCGGCUCUUCAACCGACAUUUUCUGAGCGACUGGCCUCGAUGUCGAUUCAUCACGGUGCAUCCGCUUUACUGGAAUUAAUUGAGGCUUUCAAGGCGACAGAACAGUUUGCCAUUGCGUCCGGGAAGAUAUUGCAAAGAGCAGAGUAUACUGGACCUCCAAUACGAACCAUGUCUGGAGACGCCAAAGACAUCGGCAUGGCUCACAAAUCUCAUUCACGAUGGCGAUCCACACGACUGUCGAUAUCUCAGCGGAUGAAUCCCACCACUUCAUCUGCAGGGGAGUCGAAGAAUUCGAUUGCAUCCACGACGGCCCUCGACUGGGAUCAAGAAGUUCUCGAACCAUUCCUUGAAUUCCAGGUUGAAUAUGGCGGUCUGGAAGGGCGUUUUCUAAGCGCAGCGUUGCAGAACAUCAUGCACACCGACGAUACUAGAACUGACACGUCCGUUGACCAUGCCCGUUUGCUGAAGGAGCGAUCAGUCGACGUCUUCAGCCUAGCCGAAGAAAGCCUGGGAAGAGUUCUUUCGUUCACCCAUGGGUUCGGGGCCGUGGGCCUUCUGCAAGCCCUGGAGAAUCUAUUCCGAAAGUUCAUCGAUUCCUCCAAGAGUCAGUUCUCCGAGCAGUCUUUUGUAUCGCAGAGAUCGUUCUCGACACCCAACUCUAGCGAUGACCUCGCUGAUCUAGAUUACACAUCGGAGGAUUGGACUCGCAUUCAAAUGUGGCUCCACCUUCUUGGUGCCCUCCGUGUUGUCCUCGACCGGAUGACUGUCUUUGAGUCCAAGCUCUAUUCUGUUCUUCUUCAGGUUUCGACUACGAUCCGGUCCUUAUCUCACGACUUGGCGAGUGCUUAUAUCCCAGGCACUACCAAAGGCGAAGUCCACCUCCUCACCCAGUCGGUGCUCAACUCUGCCAAGCUGCACGCACUUCUCCAGGAAGUCGACCCAGAAAGCCAAAUAUACGACCCCUCCGUUCCCAAACGCUCGCACUCGAUUCGGCAACGAGUUUCGCUCCUCCCAAACGCCCUCGCAUCCCUCACCGAGUUCAGCACCUUCUGCCAGACGUCUCUGCAGCACGCGAUGCUGUCGCCUCUGCGCAAGCACCUCUCCAACUACUCCGCUUCUCCCCUCUGGACUGCGUCGUCCGAUCCGCGAACAAAGCGCUCCGGCGCCACGGCCACGAGCGACGCCCAGGUCCCCGUGUUCUCCCUCUCCCCGACCGAGACCAUCCAGCGCGUCGCAGAAGGGCUCCUCAAUCUCCCCAGGCUGUUCGAAGUCUACGCAGACGACGACGUCCUCUCCUUCUCCAUCGACACGCUUCCGUUCGUGGACAAGGACCUCAUCGCGGCGCUUUCGGAGCAAGCUGCGGGCGACGCGCGGCUCACGCAUCCGCGCCGCCAGUCGAUGUCGCUAAAGAACCAAGCUCUGCCGCCGAAGCCAGCGCCAGAAUUCUCGCCCGAAGCGAUCGCCUCCAUUUGGCUCUCGUCGCUCGGGCUCUCGCUGCUGUCUCAUCUGACAACUGCGAUCUUGCCGAGGAUACCCUUCCUUACGUCCGCGGGCGCGGCGCAGCUCAGCUCGGACCUGGAAUACCUCACUAACAUCGUGAGCUCGCUUAACGUCGCGAGCGAGGAGCUGGAAACGUGGCGGGAGUAUAUCCGGCUCGGAGACGAGGAUGGCCCGCAACGAGGCGCAGAUGUUGGUUCGAACAACGCCAUCUUCGCCCAAGUCGCGCGGAUGAGAGGCUGGUCUAUUGCUUAGUUGCAGUCCAUAGCACUACGAAAACUAAUUAUGUGUGUAUCAACUACUUACUGUGCCUCGCGCGCACUUCGUCGCCGACGAACCCACUACCACAAGCUCGUAGAUUAUCAAAAAAAAAAUUGAUACAGCACG